AUGGCGGAAAACAAAGGAGGCGGCGGCGGAGGGGACGCGGCCGCCGAGGCCGCGCCGGGCGGCGGCGGCGGCCUGGACCCGCCCUGCGCCUCCCCGUCCGCCGCCGCGCCGCCCGAGGAGCGCGACAGCCCCGGCGCGGCGGCGGCCGAGCGCGGCGCCGGCGAGGCCGAGGCAGAGGCGGCGGCGGGGCCCGGCGCGGCGGCGGGGCCCGGCCCCAGCCCGGUGCCGCCGCUGACGCCCGCGGCGCCGGGGCCCUUCUCGCUGCUCGACACGUGCGCCGUGUGCGCGCAGAGCCUGCAGAGCCGGCGGGAGGCAGAGCCCAAGCUGCUGCCCUGCCUGCACUCCUUCUGCCGCCGCUGCCUGCCCGAGCCCGAGCGCCAGCUCAGCGUGCCCGUGCCCGGCGGGGCCAACGGCGACGUGCAGCAAGUGGGGGUGAUCCGCUGCCCGAUCUGCCGCCAGGAGUGCCGGCAGAUAGACCUGGUGGACAACUACUUUGUGAAGGACACCUCGGAGACCCCGAGCAGCUCUGAUGAGAAAUCAGAGCAGGUGUGCACGAGCUGCGAGGACAACGCCAGUGCCGUUGGGUUCUGUGUGGAGUGUGGGGAAUGGCUGUGCAAGACCUGCAUAGAAGCUCACCAGCGAGUCAAGUUCACUAAAGAUCACAUGAUCAGGAAAAAAGAGGAUGUGUCUUCAGAGGCCGUGGGAGCAUCUGGUCAACGUCCUGUUUUCUGUCCUGUGCACAAACAAGAGCAGUUAAAGCUUUUCUGUGAAACCUGUGACAGGCUGACGUGCAGAGACUGUCAGUUACUGGAGCACAAAGAACACAGGUACCAGUUUCUGGAAGAAGCUUUUCAGAACCAGAAGGGUGCAAUUGAAAAUCUUUUGGCCAAACUUCUUGAGAAGAAGAAUUAUGUAAAUUUUGCAGCUGCCCAAGUUCAGAAUAGGAUAAAAGAAGUAAAUGAAACGAACAAACGAGUGGAACAGGAAAUCAAAGUGGCAAUAUUCACCCUCAUCAAUGAAAUCAAUAAAAAGGGAAAGUCUCUCUUACAGCACCUCGAGAAUGUAACAAAGGAGAGACAGAUGAAGUUAAUACAGCAGCAGAAUGACAUCACUGGUCUGUCCCGACAAGUGAAGCACGUGAUGAACUUCACGAACUGGGCGAUCGCGAGCGGCAGCAGCACCGCUCUGCUCUACAGCAAACGGCUGAUAACAUUCCAGUUACGGCACAUUUUGAAGGCCCGUUGUGAUCCCGUCCCAGCUGCCAACGGAGCGAUACGUUUCCAUUGUGACCCCACCUUCUGGGCCAAGAAUGUUGUCAAUUUAGGUAACCUUGUCAUUGAAAAUAAACCAGCCCCUAGUUACACUCCUAAUGUAGUGGUUGGGCAAACCCCUCCAGCAACAAACCACAUCAGCAAAGCUCCAGGACAGAUCAAUCUUGCACAACUUCGACUCCAGCACAUGCAGCAGCAAGUUUAUGCCCAAAAACACCAGCAGCUGCAGCAGAUGAGGAUGGCACAGCCAUCAUCUGCAUCCGUGCCCAGGCAGAGCAGCCAACAAGUCCUCCAGCAGCAGCCUCCCAGGUUGAUCAGCAUGCAGACCAUGCAGAGGGGUAACAUGAACUGUGGGGCUUUCCAAGCACAUCAGAUGAGAAUGGCUCAGAAUGCUGCUCGUAUACCAGGAAUCCCACGCCACAAUGGACCUCAAUACUCCAUGAUGCAACCUCACCUUCAAAGACAACACUCGAACCCUGGGCAUGCUGGGCCUUUUCCAGUGGUUUCUGUGCACAACACCACAAUAAACCCCACCAGCCCCACCACAGCAACCAUGGCCAGUGCAAACAGGGGGCCCACGAGUCCGUCCGUCUCAGCCAUCGAGCUCAUCCCCUCCGUGACAAACCCAGAGAACCUGCCUUCCCUGCCAGAUAUCCCACCCAUCCAGCUUGAAGAUGCUGGUUCAAAUAGUUUAGAUAACCUGCUAAGCAGAUACAUUACAGGCAGCCACCUCCCCCCACAGCCCACGAGUACCAUGAAUCCCUCCCCAGGACCUUCAGCUCUGUCUCCAGGGUCAUCAGGUUUAUCCAACUCCCACACUCCAGUGAGGCCACCCAGUACCUCCAGCACAGGGAGCAGAGGAAGCUGUGGCUCCUCGGGCAGAACUGCUGAGAAAACUGGUGUUAACUUCAAGGCUGACCAAGUGAAAGUAAAGCAAGAGCCAGGCACAGAGGAAGAGAUCUGCAGCUUCUCAGGAACAGUAAAACAGGAAAAAACAGAGGAUGGCAGGAGGAGUGCUUGCAUGCUCAGCAGCCCUGAGAGCAGCUUGACACCACCACUAUCCACCACCUUGCACCUGGAAAGCGAAUUAGAAGCGUUGGGGAGCCUGGAAAACCACGUGAAGACAGAACCAGCGGAUCUGAGCGAGAGCUGCAAGCAGUCAGGGCACGGGCUGGUGAACGGCAAGUCCCCCGUGCGCAGCCUCAUGCACCGCUCGGCCCGCGCCGGGGGAGAGGGGAACAACAAGGACGACGACCCCAACGAGGACUGGUGUGCUGUGUGCCAGAACGGGGGGGACCUGCUGUGCUGUGAGAAGUGCCCCAAGGUGUUCCACCUCACCUGUCACGUACCAACACUCCUCAGCUUCCCCAGUGGAGAGUGGAUAUGUACAUUCUGCAGAGAUCUGAGCAAACCUGAAGUAGAGUAUGAUUGUGACAAUUCACAGCACAGCAAGAAGGGGAAAACAGCACAAGGCCUGAGUCCUGUGGACCAAAGGAAAUGUGAACGUCUCCUGCUUUACCUGUACUGCCACGAGCUGAGCAUUGAAUUUCAAGAGCCAGUCCCAGCCUCGAUACCAAACUACUAUAAAAUUAUAAAGAAACCAAUGGAUUUGUCCACGGUGAAGAAGAAGCUGCAGAAGAAGCAUUCCCAGCACUACCAGAGCCCCGAGGAUUUCGUGGCAGACGUGCGGUUGAUCUUCAAGAACUGUGACCGGUUUAAUGAAAUGAUGAAAGUUGUUCAAGUUUAUGCAGAAACACAAGAGAUUAAUUUGAAGGCUGAUUCAGAAGUAGCACAGGCAGGGAAGGCAGUUGCAUUAUACUUUGAAGAUAAACUUUCAGAGAUCUACCCAGACAGGACCUUCCAGCCUUUGCCUGAAUUUGAGCAGGAAGAGGAUGAUGGUGAAAUAACUGAGGACUCCGAUGAAGAUUUUAUACAACCACGUAGAAAACGCCUAAAAUCAGAUGAGAGACCAGUGCAUAUAAAGUAAUCUAAUGAUAUGGACCUGAAAUUUAUUGUAAAAACUGUUAUUUAAGUGUUCCUGGAAUAUUAUCAUGCCUGCAGUGGCCAUCUUGAAGAAGCUGAUAGCUUUUUAAACAGUAUUAGAUUACAAAAAACACUUGUACAGAAAAACAUUCGCAUCAAAAGGGGAAAAAAACCUGUAUUGUAAAUUUUUGGUGGUUUGUAUUUUUUUUUUCCUUGAUCCUUUCUUUUCCUGAUGGAGGGGACACACUCAUCCUGGUCUCACAGAUAGAGGUGGAGGAAAUGUUGAAGAGAAGCAGAUUUGAUGAGAUGUUCCAAGUACAGCUGAGACUGUGUAGGAGAACGUUCUGCAGGACUGGACCAAUAGAGUGACUGUAUCUUGCAUUACACUGCAGUGUAAACUGUGAGCAAAGUCCCUGAAAUCCCCUCUCUGUGUGAACUCAAGUGUGUGUUGGUCAUUGCUUUGGUCAUCUCAUUGCAGCAGAGUUGUGAAUAACUGGUCUUCUGUGUCGAUCAAUUACUGACAUUUUACUUUCUUUACUCCAUUUUAUGUGUAGCAAAAGGAAAAAGAAAAAUAUCAUUAAACUGUUCUGAAUUGGCAAGUGCAGGAAUGUGAGUUUUUGACAGGCAGAAGGAGCUAAGCUGGUGGCAACAAUCUCUUUCAGUAGGAUGAGGUGUAUUUAUUAAAAUCCUGUACCCAGAACAUUUUAAUGGAGUUCAUGGCAGAAGUCUCAGUGUUGUCAUCUGUCCCUGAUCCCCCUGAUGAGGCAGAAUGUUCUUUCCAGUAUUCAUUCUCUAGUUUCUGUACUUAAAAUAUAGACUGAAGAGGUAAUAACUGGUUGGGGUGUUUUUCCAGUCUUCCUAAAUAUCAGUUUCUAAUAGACCACUCGGCAAACAAUAACAUAUUAACUACCAAAUGUGUAAAAUUUCCUGUAUUCACUUUGUCUUAUUUGUAAAUAGUGAAUUGAGAUUUCUUGCAGAUCAGCAACAUUUGCUGAACUGUUUUUAAGCUAAUAUGUAUUCUUAUUGAUUGUUCCUAUCAAGAAAAGAUUUGUAAUAUAUGCUAUUUCUAACAUUGCAUUCAUUUUGAGGUUCUGUCUUAUUUUUCUUAGAGUUACUUCUCAGAACUUUUCUUCAGAAGCAGCUUGUGAGCAAAAUGUCCAGAAGGAUUGGAAUCAGUCUGAGUUUGGGUUAUCUGUCCACCCACUUGCACAGACCAGGAUUUGGCUUUGAGUGGUUUCUGGUCAAACAGUGAAAACAGAACAUUUUCCCAAAUUCCCUCAGUGAGCCUUGAGGCACCUCUGCUGUGCCUUCCCCUUGGACACUGCCUUCAUCCCUGUGAAAUCAGGGUCAGCACAAGGAUUUAUAGUUUGAAUAGUUGUUUUCUUUCCUGACAGAAGUCAAUACUAGAAAUAAUGAAUGUCAUUUCUGGCCUUCACAUCGCUCUUGCUAAAGUGAGGUGAAGAAUUCAUGUGAUCAGAUGAGCUCGAGUUGACAGACUCUAAAUUUGCCGUAAUUUGUGUGAAUACAACAAUUCUGUGGUAAAUCCCUGGGGGUUUGGUGUCCUUAGCAACUCCUGGGACAUUGUACACGCUUUACCAUAAUGGUAAAGAGAAAUAUUUUAGCACAAUGUCAAAUUUGAGAUCUGCUCUCAGCAGUCUUUACGCAAAGAACUGCGGAUCUGGUUGCUUUUCAUGAGAACCGAGUCUGUACAUUGGGACUCCCCCUCUCUCACAAAAAAAAAAAAUGAGUGGACUGAAGGUAUUUGUGACUUCAAGCUCACUUCUUCACUCAGAUGUUACAGUUAAACUGGUUGGGGUUUUUUCCAUUUCUCAGAUAUUAACAAUAGUGAUGGUUUAAAUUUAAUUUUUAGCAGUUUGUACGUGAAAAGAAGAGGGAAAAGGAAUUCCAUUUCAACAUCUUAAGUUGACAGAGAGCAAAAGCUUUGCCUAUAGGCAGGCUGACGUGUGUGAAUAGGACACUGGUAGUGACAAGGGAUCAUUUCAUGGCUCUGUGUAUUGCCUAUUUAUGCAUUUCUAGUUUCUCAGCUUCAUUUUGCAAAAGGAAUAUUAUUAAAAUUAUCAUGAAAAUAA